AUGUCCUCCUCACAACUUAAACUCGCUGUUGUUGGUACUGGUAUCUUUGCCACUGACACCCACUUGCCAACUUUCCAAAAAUUGCCAAAUUUGAAACCAGUUGCUGCGUACAACAGAACUAAAUCAAAGGCAGAAACCUUUGCUACGAAGGCAGGUAUUCCCGAAGGUAAAGUUUACGAUAAAUUGGAAGAUGCUUUCAAAGAUCCAGAGGUGGACUUUGUUGAUGCAUUGUUGCCAGUUCAGUUCAAUCUCGACGCUGUCAAGUUGGCCAUUGAAAACAAGAAACCAAUCUGCUUUGAAAAGCCCAUUGCAGCAAACUUGGCACAAGCUAAGGAGAUUGUUCAAUUGAGUGAAAAAACCGAUUUGCCAAUCUUGGUUUUGGAAAAUUGGGCAUACUUGAAAGCUAUUACCAUCUUGAAGAAGGAAGUGAUUCCCCAAUUGGGUGAAAUUGUUGCAUUCACUUAUAAUGCCACUGGUCCCUGGAACGACAACAACAAAUACUUGGCUACUGGCUGGAGACAAAAACCAGAACACAUUGGUGGGUUCUUGAGUGACGGAGGUGUACAUCAAUUGGCUUUAUUGACGGAGGUAUUGGGUAAUGUCAAGUCUGUCAGUGGGUUGACCAAACAAUUGAGAGAGGAGAGUGGUACUGAUGAUAUCUUGUUCUCAACUUUCAAUUUGAACUCAGGAGUAAUUGGUACAUUCACCUAUGGAUCAGCUUUUGGUGCCACGGACAAAUCCACCAGCUUUACAAUUUUUGGAAAGAAUGGUUCUGCAACUUAUGAUUGGUCUCCAUCUUUAAGUAAACCAAAGAUUGUUUAUCAAACUGGAGCCAGUGGCCAAACUAAGAGUGAAAAGAAAACAAUUGAAAUUGAUGAAGUAAACACUUUUGAACAAGAGUUUGAAAAUUUUGGUGAGGCAAUUGAGAAAAAGGAUAAGAAAUUGAUUAAAGUGCCACCAAGCAAAGCUUUCCAUCAUUUGGCCAUUGUUGCGGCUGCUCUAGAGUCUUCAAGCAAAGGUGGUUCUAAUGUAAAUGUAGAAUUAGCUUAG